GGAUUUGUACUUCUUUCAUCCACCGGCAGCGUGUUGCCUACAAUACCGGUGAAUAUUAGUUAAAAUGUCGCACAUUAAAUUGAGUUUUGUAUUUUAUAUUACAAGUUGUUGCUUAUGUUUGAGUCUUGUAAUUCCUAAUACUCGAGCAUCGUCAAAAAAUAAUUAUGCGGAACAACUUUCCGAGGAGAACUGGGAUCGUAUGCUGAUCGGAGAAUGGAUGGUAGAAUUUUACGCGCCAUGGUGUCCUGCCUGUAAAGCUCUCGAACCAGUUUGGGAACAUCUCGCUCUGCAAAAGAAAAGUCUAAACAUUAAUGUUGGAAAAGUUGACGUGACCGAUUCUCCAGGACUCAGCGGAAGAUUUAUGGUUACAGCUUUGCCGACAAUAUAUCACGUUAAGAAUGGUAUAUUUAGGCAAUAUAAGAGUCCUAGAGAUAAAGAUUCGUUAGUUGAAUUUGUGUCUGAGAAGACUUGGGAAAAAAUUGAGCCGAUACCUGGUUGGAGGAGCCCAACGUCUAUUAUAAUGUCCGUUAUUAGUCAAUUCUAUAAAAUGUCGCAAGUAUUAAGGGGAGUACACAAUAAACUUAUGGAAGAUUUUGGAGUGCCUGCUUGGGGAAGUUACUUAAUCUUUGCAGUUACAACCAUUGUGUUAGGAGCUAUAUUGGGAUUGUUUAUCGUUUGCCUGAUUGAUUUUAUAUAUCCGCCGAAGCCUGUAAUGCUUCAAGGCAAGAAAAAGCAGAAAGAUGGAUCGGGUGGAUUUAUGCAAGAAAAAAGUAUACAAUGUGAAGAAAUAGUUGAAAAUGUUAUGGAUGAUUUAGUAGACGAAGAGUCUGAAGGAGAAACAUCCGACGUAGAAGAGAAAGAAAAAGAUUUGGACAAAGAUACAAAGGCCGAACCGAGUAGUCCAAAUGUUCGCAAACGUAAGCCACGUAAAACGGUGCAGCGAUUGAACAGCAGAUUAAUUAAUCAGUUGUAUAUCGCAUACAUAGUAAUCAUGGUUAAGAAUAUGAAGAAACGUUCAGCAAGCGAAAAUGACAAGGUUGGCGAAAAAGCAGUAAAGAAUGCAUCGAACAUGAAUAAAGCGUUAAAAAAAGUGAAGGUAGAAAAUGGAUCUGUUCAAAAAGAAAAAAUAGAGAAAGGAAUUAAAAAGAAUUUGUCUAAGAAAUUGAUGAUCGAAAAGAAGAAAGGACAAAAUAUGGGAAUUGUGCAAAGUUUUGUAAAGAAUCAAACGAGCGAAGUUAGUUCGGACAAAAAUAAGAAGCAAACAUCAGAUGGCAAAGAAGAAAAGCAACAGAAAGUAAAACGAAGGCAAACAUAUAAAGGAAAACAGAAAUUGAAAAAACAAGAGCCAAAAACUAAUGUAAGUCCUGGUGUAAAGUCUGGUGGAAAAUCUGAAUUAUCCGCGGAGGAAAUAAAACAGAAGAUCGAGCAGAUAGAAAAGCGAGAAAAUCUUUCAAAAACUGCUAAAAGGAAAUUAGCAACGCUUAGGAAACUGUUGAGAAUAAAGGAGGGAACGUACAAACAGACAGAACAAACUACAAAAAAACAGACAACCAAAUCGGCGGAAGUUGCAAAAGUGAAACAAAUCCAAAAUAAGGAACAGAAAAAUAAAUUAGAAGUUAAAACAAAGAAGGAUAAUAAAAAGAAAGAUACCAAACAGGGCAAUCUACUUCGCGUGAAACAGAAUGAUUCAGACGAUGAAGUUGAAGAAGUCGAAGACAUUGAGAUAGAUAACGAUGAAGAGGAUGAGAGUGUCGAUGGCAAAGAUGAAAGUGUUGAUGAUGAUGUGGAUAAUGAGGAUGACGAAGAAGAUGAUGAGGAUGUUGAUGUGGCUAUGGCAGAUGAUGAUGAUGACGACGACGAUGAUGAUGAAGAUGAAGAUGAGGAUGAUGAGGAUGAUGAUGAUGAUGAUGACGAGGAUGAGGACGAAGAUGACGAUGAUGAUGAAGAAGAAGAUAAAGUUACAGCAGAUAAUAUUCAAAGUCAGAGAGUGAAAGAGAAACCUAAACAGAAUAUAGAACAAGAAGGAAAGAAAAAGAGAUAUGUUCUUUUUGUAGGGAAUCUACCAUACAGCAUUACCAACGAAGAACUUAAGAAACACUUUUUAACUAAUGUUAGUCAAGUAGUUGAUAUUAGAAUACCUAAAAAAGAUGCAAAUACAUCGCGUGGUUUCGCUUAUAUCGAGCUUGCUAAUAAUACCGAUUAUGAGAAAGCGCUUUCGCUGAAUCAUUCAUUCAUUAAUGGACGAAGAAUAAAUGUGCAAUAUUCUGGGACACCCGGUAACAAGAAAAAAGACGUCGCAAAAAAUUUUAAAUUACAGGCUCUUCAGAAAGCAGGGAAACUGGCGGGUGGAUACAACAAAAAUAACCAGAAGUUCAACACUGGAAAGAAGUGGAAUAAGCAACAUACGCAACCGACGAAAACAUAAUUGUUGAAUCAAUAGGAAUUAUUUAAAAUUAAUUUUUAAACAUCAUCCUCACUGUUUCUCUAACUUAGCAUUAAGUUUUUUUUAUGUAAACACAAGAUUUAAUUAUGUAUAAUUAUGUUCAGAAUGGUAUAGAUAAAACAUGUAUCUACAUA